GUGGUACUCGCUGAAAUCACGCGGGGAUGGAGAAGGCCCGUGCUUGUUGUUGUUGUUGUCGGCAAAAUGGCGUCUGGCAGUGAGGCCCCAGAAUCUUGGUACCUCGCCUUGCUUGGAUUCGCAGAGCAUUUCCGUACUUCAAGUCCUCCUAAGAUUCGUCUUUGCGUCCAUUGUCUUCAGGCCGUUUUUCAGUUCAAGCCCCCGCAAAGGGUUGAAGCGCGAACUCACCUUCAGCUCGGCUCGGUGCUUUAUCAUCACACCAAGAACAGCGAACUCGCCAGGACCCACCUGGAGAAAGCGUGGUUCAUUUCACAACAAGUCCCUCAGUUUGAAGAUGUUAAAUUUGAAGCUGCAAGUCUGCUUUCAGAACUCUAUUGCCAACAGAAUUUGGUGGAUUCUGCGAAGCCCUUACUGCGCAAGGCCAUCCAGAUCUCACAGCAGACUCCCUACUGGCACUGCCGGCUGCUCUUUCAGCUUGCGCAACUGCACACCUUGGAAAAGGACCUGGUGUCGGCAUGUGACCUUCUGGGAGUGGGUGCUGAGUAUGCAAGGGUCGUGGGCUCUGAAUACACCAGAGCCCUGUUUCUAUUGAGUAAAGGAAUGCUGCUGUUAAUGGAGCGAAAGCUCCAGGAGGUGCAUCCCCUGCUGACUCUCUGUGGGCAGAUCGUGGAGAACUGGCAGGGAAACCCCAUUCAGAAAGAGUCUCUGAGGGUCUUCUUCCUGGUGCUGCAGGUCACACACUACCUGGAUGCAGGGCAGGUGAAGAGCGUGAAGCCCUGCCUGAAGCAGCUGCAGCAGUGCAUCCAGACCAUCUCCACACUCCACGAUGACGAGAUCCUGCCCAGCAACCCCGCCGACCUGUUCCACUGGCUGCCCAAGGAGCACAUGUGUGUGCUGGUGUACCUGGUGACAGUAAUGCACUCCAUGCAGGCGGGCUACUUGGAGAAGGCACAGAAGUACACAGAUAAAGCACUCAUGCAGUUAGAAAAACUAAAAAUGCUGGACUGCAGCCCCAUUCUGUCCUCCUUCCAAGUCAUACUACUGGAGCACAUCAUCAUGUGUCGGCUAGUCACUGGCCACAAGGCAACAGCAUUACAAGAGAUCUCCCAGGUUUGUCAGCUGUGCCAGCAGUCCCCCAGGUUAUUCUCCAAUCACGCUGCUCAGCUUCACACUUUACUAGGUCUGUACUGCAUCUCUGUGAACUGCAUGGACAAUGCAGAGGCGCAGUUCACUACAGCACUGCGGAUGACCACACACCAGGAGCUUUGGACCUUCAUCGUGACCAACCUGGCCAGCGUUUAUAUCAGGGAGGGGAACAGACACCAGGAGCUGUACAGCCUGUUGGAGAGGAUAAAUCCAGAUCAUAACUUCCCUGUAAGCUCCCACUGUCUGCGGGCGGCAGCCUUCUACAUCCGGGGACUCCUGUCUUUCUUCCAAGGGCGUUACAAUGAGGCUAAGCGUUUCUUGCGAGAGACUCUGAAGAUGUCCAAUGCUGAGGAUCUGAAUCGACUAACGGCCUGUUCCCUGGUUUUGCUUGGCCAUAUCUUCUACGUGCUGGGAAACCAUCGGGAGAGCAACAACAUGGUGGUCCCAGCCAUGCAGCUGGCCAGCAAGAUCCCCGACAUGUCUGUCCAGCUGUGGUCCUCUGCUCUGCUGAAGGAUUUGAACAAGGCCUGCGGGAACACGAUGGACGCGCACGAGGCGGCGCAGAUGCACCAGAACUUCUCCCAGCAGCUCCUCCAGGACCACAUCGCCGCCUGCAGCCUACCGGAGCACAACCUCAUCAGCUGGACUGAUGGCCCUCCCCCAGUGCAGUUCCAGGCCCAGAAUGGCCCCACCACCAGUCUGGCCAGCCUACUGUGAGCCCAGCAGACCCCACCAGCCUGCUAUGAGCCCAGCAGACCCCACCAGCCUGGCCAGCCUGCUAUGAGCCCAGCAGACCCCACCAGCCUGCUAUGAGCCCAGCAGACCCCACCAGCCUGGCCAGCCUGCUAUGAGCCCAGCAGACCCCACCAGCCUGGCCAGCCUGCUAUGAGCUCAGCAGACCCCACCAGCCUGGCCGGCCUGCUAUGAGCCCAGCAGACCCCACCAGCCUGGCCAGCCUGCUAUGAGCCCAGCAGACCCCACCAGCCUGGCCAGCCUGCUAUGAGCCCAGCAGACCCCACCAGCCUGCUAUGAGCCCAGCAGACCCCACCAGCCUGCUAUGAGCCCAGCAGACCCCACCAGCCUGGCCAGCCUGCUAUGAGCCCAGCAGACCCCACCAGCCUGCUAUGAGCCCAGCAGACCCCACCAGCCUGCUAUGAGCCCAGCAGACCCCACCAGCCAGGCCGGCCUACUGCGAGCUCAGCCUGGGACACACACAGAAGGGCUCUACACCGCCUCUGGCCUCAGUUUUAUAUGGAAUACUUUCAAUAUUAACUUAUGUUUCUUCUCAUGGUGUGAAAAUAAAGGGGGUGGGGUUGUGGGAAUUUCUAGUUAAUUUUUUUUUAACCUGGUAUGCAAAGCGUCUUUUUAUCCGGGAUACAGUCUCAGUGAACACUGAAGGGAAAAGAGAGCCGGACAAGGGAGGAGGUGUGGACCGACCGACUGGCCGACAGACGGAAAGUGGUGGAGACGGAGAGUUUGACUCGCCCCACCCCUGCAGGCAAGGACAGCGUGCGGCACGGCCCAGACUCCACCGUGUGGAGGCGGCGGCGGGGCAUGGCUUCCCGGCGUAUGAGGACAAAAGCAUCCCGUGAAGGAGAAAAGGAGGCUUGCCACUGAGGAGGUUUCCAGCUCUACCUCAGGUUCCCCAGGAGGGUUUAGAAGUAUCUGCUAAAGCCACGAAACGGAAAAGGACCAGGACCUGGGAAUGCCGUCUGAUGACUCUCAUGACACGUGCUGAACUGUGCAUUGAUCUCCAGUUUUCUGGGACAGGAGGAGGAAAGUAUAAAAAUAUGAGUUUUUAAUAUCACUGAAACCAAUUGAGUUUCACACUAUAACAAACCAAUUUUUACCUAAUUUUGUAUGCAGAUACAGCAGAUACAGUGGCGGUGUAUAUUUCAACCUGACCAUGCUAAUGUAGGGGCUGGUUUACUAAUAGUAGUGGGGGGAGGGGGGGGGGAUUAUUGAAAACAUAUCUGUUAUAUAAUUAAUUUAUUUACUUUUUGAACAGUGGAAAACUCUUUUAUAGUGUGUUAUAUACCUUGUGUGACUGCAAAUAUGUUUGCAGGUGCAUGAAAAUAAUUUGUCAUUUCUUAAAGGUUAUUGCUUCUUUAACUUCACAGCAUUGCAAAAACUACUAGUUAAUUAAAUUCCUAUCACAACUUGUUCAAGGUUGAGAAAUAACUGGCUUGGGUGUCAUGGCAUGGAGUGUAUUAUAUGCGACAUUAGGGAUCACACUUGUCUAUCUGAGCGAUUGUAAAACAUUUAAGUUUGCAACAACAAAAAAAUAUGACAGUGAUCAUAUAUGAGCCCCGAAAUGUAUGGUUUUCUACAUAAAUAGGGAGCAAUAAGUCAAAGCAAACUUCAGUCAACAUAAGUGCAGUCCCUUAAUCUGCCAACAGAUGUCCCUGUUGAGCAGGAUUGGAAGAAAUUGCUUGACAGUUUUUUUUGUAAUUAUUUAACGCUCAGCAAGAUUGUUUUUAAAAAUAUUGGUAGGAUUAUUUUCCUGUCACAUACGUAAUAAACUUUUUCAGAAUAUAGACCUCUCCCUUUUCCUCCUAUUCUUCUCUGAAAUAGUUUUUUUUGGUAAUGUGUGUAACAAUGCAGGUUUAUUAUGGCUGAACAGAUCUUGGAGAUUUAUACAGCUGCGUUUCUGGGCAUUUACACAUUUGGCCGCCUUCAUCGUUUAAAAAAAAAAAAUCAUUUAUUAGAUUUUGUAAAGUUUUUACAAUUGUAUACCACAUUUAAUAUUAUAUUAAUCAUUUUGUUUCCAAACUUAAUGUUUAGUUUAUAUAAAUUCUUGCAAAGUUUGUCAUUGUGUACAAGCUUAGUUUUUUUAAAUCAUUUCAUCACUUCUGACAAGCCUUUGUUGGACUAACAUUUGUUAUGGUGAACAAACGCGUUUUUAAGUGUUGUCAGGUGUACAGUGUAUUUUUAAUUGUCCCAUUGUAAAUGGCAAAUAUUGCAAUGGCAGCAAUUCAAUUCCUUUGUCUGCAUUCUUAUAAAGGCACACCAAAACCUGGUUUACCCACAUUCAAAUGUCUGUGUUUUUGAAUACUGGUAUUUUUCCCAAAAUAUUGGAAUUUUAAAAUAAACUGUAAAAACUGUCUGUA